UCGACUACAACAGUUGGGACAUUGAAGAAGGAGUUGGAUGGGUGGAAAAGAAAGGUUGAUUCUUUGGUGGUGGACUCGGCUUUGUCUUCGCUACAAAUGGUCAUCGCCCGGCCGGCGGCCUUGUUCGACCCUUACGCCGCCAUUGCCGCUCUCGAGGAGGUAGUGAACGUUACGAGUGACAAGAAAGACGACAGGGCCACCCGUUUUCAGAUAGUCCUGAGACAGUGCCGCCCAUUGGUUAACAGCCCAAACCUACAGCAGAUUCUUAUUAAGCUAGUGGCAACGAAGGAGGAAGCCGAGGUGGCUAAGGUUAUAGCCAAAGCGACAAAGGAGCCCGCCUCAGCCUACCACGGGUUGUUCAGGGGACGGACGCGU